AUGGAGCGACGCUUUGAGGAAGAACGUAAUCAAAACAAUCCCAUGGAACCCGAAAAUCGUGGUAAGCAUUCAAACGAAGUCGGAGAUGCACUGAAACCUAAGUCCGACCGGAUUUCAUUUAAAACUUUCAGAAGCUGUGGUGCUAUAGAAUAUGCAGGGCAAUCAGAUCUCGAAAUGGCGAUGCAAUGGAUCCAGAACACGGAAAAGGUGUUCCGAAUUACCGAGGUACUUGAUAGUGAUAAAGUAAAAUAUGCAUCUGCGAUGCUCAUAGAGCGAGCCCUGGUGUGGUGGAAUGCCACGUAUGAGUCUUUAGACGCGACGACACGUAACAGUUUGACGUGGGACGAAUUUCAGAAAAAGUUCUUUGAACAAUAUUGCCCUGUUGACCUACAAAGGCGUCUUGAAAAGGAUUUAUUGGAUCUGAAGCAAGGUAAGAUGACUAUACUUGAUUAUGAAACUGAAUUCAACAAGAAGGAACGAUUCGCACAACGAUUCCUGAGCUCCGAACAGGAUAAGAUCGAACAUUUCAUUGGAGGACUACGGAAGGAGAUUCGAAGUUUUGUGGUGAGUCGUGAUGGUUCUAGUUUUAGCAAGAUAGUCGAAUACGCUCGAUGUUGUGAGUAUGAAUUAUCCAUUCCUGAUAAAAAUGAACCGAUGUCGAAACGUCCACGAACUGAGAGGAUGAUGUCUACCCCAACACAACGGUUCUCUCGAUUUUCCAACCAGAGGAGAAUUCAAUCUCAGAGUACCCCACGUGUAUCCUCUCAGGCAUUUAGCCUUCAGUCGAGCACACCAAGAGACUGUCGGAGGUGCGGAAAGACACACAAAGGCCGGUGUGAUACGGAUAGAUCUGUCAUUAAAUGUUUUUGUUGCGGUGAAGCGGGUCACGUUAGGAUGAAUUAUCCCAGAGAGAUCUUGCAUGCUUUUCCUGCAGAGUGUUAG